AUGUUAAAACUAAUUGUUUUAAACUGCAUUUUGUUAAUUUAUUGUUUUAUUCUUGUUGUUGGUAUUGAAGAAGAAACUAACGAAGAAAAUGAAAUAUUUUUCGAUGCAAAGGAAAAAUUCGACAUUUCUUCUGAAAUAGAUGAAAUUUAUCAACAUGUAAAGAAUCAAAUUGCUUGGAUUUUGAAAAAUCCUAAUAAAUGUGAUGAACACGAGAAAUGUGUAAAUAUGUUUUUGAAUGAUAUGGCGAUGUUUAAUGAUCAAGCCCGAUUUGGAGGAAUUUCUGCCUUCUGUGACGACAAUUCGAUUAUUGGCAAGAAAGGCAAAAUUGGGAAUCCAAUUAGGGAAAUGCUCAACGGCGAAAUUAAAAAUGAUGACGCAAAAAUUCGUUUGCAUCUUUAUACCGAAUGUGUUGAUAAUUUCUUCAAUAAAGAUAGAGGACUUUUUAGAAUGAAAAAUUCAAAGCCUUUAGAAUUCUCAGAGAUUAACAAAAAACUUCUUCGAGCAUUUUUGCUUACCAAACCUCUGUAUAUUGCUAUUAUAAUAUACGAAUCAAUUCAAAAUAAAGACACAAAUGCUUUAUUAGAAAUUGUUUCCACUCAAAAAUUAGAGGAAUUAAAUGUGGCAAUAAAGCUAAUGAUAGCUCUUCAUCCGGAUUUAAAAUUGGUUAAAUUGGACAAUAAUAAAGUUGAUUUCAGCGAGUUUUCAACGAGUCAAAAUGUGUUCGAUGCUGAAAAACUUGAACAAUUUUUGAAUUGGCGUUUUGAUCCAAAUUGUAAUGAAAAGCCCACAGAAGAUAAGACUGGAUGGUUAAGCAAUUCAAUGAAAAAGAUUCAGAAUUAUGUGAAAAAUACUAAUCAAAUGUGCCUAGAGAAGCAUACAAUUUCUGACUAUAUGGAAAUGUUGGAAAAUAAAAAAGAAGUAAAUAAUUUCUUUCUUCGUCGUUUCAAUUGUGCGAUGAAAAUUUUUGAAAAUCAAAAUCAAGAAAAGACAUCUUUACAUGUGGAUGACUUGAUCCGAACACUUAUUCUCUCAUAUAUCGUUGAUGAGGAAAGCAUUACCCAUCUAAUGAAAGUAAAUGAAAAGAAAGAGCUUGGAGAUAAAAUAAAUAAAGCACAUUUUAAUCUUCAAGGAUGGAAUGACAAAGUUUUCAAAUACGCAUGCAAACGCCUUUUAAAUCUUGAACAUGCUUCUCAAGUCAUGUCCUACAACCGAUUUAUUGAACAUUAUGGAGAAAACGUUAAAGCAUUCACAAAUGCUUUAACAAACAUUGAAAAUCUUGUUAACAUAAAAAUUGAAAACAAAAAAGUCAAAAUUACAAAUGAUAAGCUCUUUAAUGCAUUAAAUAAAGUGCCAGGCUCUUCUAUUCUCAAAGACCUUAUUAAGGGGAUAGAUGAUGGUAUUUUGUUGCAGUUGGGUAAAUUAAAUACUGGAAAGAUAAACGAGCAAAAGGGAAAUGAUUUGAUUGUAUUCAUCUCAAAUCAUCUGCGUGCAGCAUAUUUAGCAUUGGCUCUAGCAUUGAAUCACGUUGUGGAAAAAGUAGAUGAUAACGAGAUCAAAGUUAAAGUUAUUAUUUUAAAAAUAUCUAACGUGCAAUUAGACAAGAUUAAAUCAGUUAAUUUUGAUUCGAUUAAAAAAUUGUUGGAUGAAAUUUCAUUGAAACUGUCCAAACAACACAGUGAUUUUGUUAAUGAUUUGAUAAAUGAAAUGAUAAAUUUGAUUAAUGAUGUUGAUUUUAAAUAUAGUGGAGAUUCAAGUAACAAUUUCUCACUAGAUUUUGUUGAUUUUCGAGCAAUACAACUUUUUUAUAGUGGAGAGAACAAAAGUUUUGUGGAUCGUUUAAUUGAGAAAAUAUUCAAUUAUUUGAAGAGACCAAUUGAUUGGAUAAGAAAUAAAGCUUCAAACAGCAAAAACAUUGCGUUCCUAAAUGAGUUUAAACAAAUUAAUUCGUUUGUGGUUGUUAUUGAAAAUUUUAUAACGAAGAAAACACCCAUAGAAAAGCUCUAUUUUAUACUCAGUAAAAUCAAGAAGAAUGGAGAAAAAUUGUCGGAGAAAUUACAAAAUUUUCUGAGCAAUGUUCUAAACAAUUGGAAUGAUAAAAUCAAAUUAAAAGAAGAGUUUUUAGAAUUAUUUCCUUAUAUGACUGACUUUCGCAAUACUUUAAAAAUUGAUGAAAACGAGGAAAAUAUUUUAACAAAAGAAGAGAGUGAUAGAGAAACAGACAAUUUAAACAAAACGACAAAGAAUGAACUUAAAAAAUCUUUUAAAGAAAUAGUUAAAUAUGUAAAGCGAUUUAUGAGUAAUCUUAAAAACAAAUUGAACGAAAACCCGGUUAAAAAUUAUAAGAAAAAUCAUUGGCCAAUUUUGGCAAAGUAUUUUGAUCGAGAAAUUAACGUUGGUUUAAAUUUACCGUAUUUCUUUUAA